AUGCAGAAAGGGAUCCGACUGAACGAUGGCCACGUCGCGUCCCUGGGAUUGCUGGCGCGCAAGGACGGCACGCGCAAAGGCUACCUGAGCAAGCGGAGUUCGGACAACACAAAAUGGCAAACCAAGUGGUUCGCGCUGCUGCAGAAUCUGCUUUUCUACUUCGAAAGCGACUCAAGCUCUCGGCCCUCGGGGCUCUACCUGCUGGAGGGCUGUGUCUGCGACCGCGCGCCCUCCCCCAAGCCCGGGGUCUCUGCUAAGGAGCCGGCGGAGAAACAGCAACAUUACUUCAUAGUGAACUUCACCCACGAGAACCAGAAGGCGCUGGAGCUGAGGACUGAGGAUGCAAAGGACUGUGACGAGUGGGUGGCAGCAAUUGCUCAUGCCAGCUACAGGACACUGGCCACGGAGCACGAGGCGCUCAUGCAGAAGUACCUGCACCUGCUGCAGAUAGUAGAGACAGAGAAGACAGUGGCCAAGCAGCUGCGACAGCAGAUCGAGGAUGGCGAAGUCGAGAUCGAGCGACUGAAGGCAGAGAUUGCAUCCCUGCUCAAGAACAACGAACGCAUCCAGUCCACCCAGAUUGUCACCCCCAAUGAGGAGGACAGUGACAUCAAGAAAAUUAAGAAGGUACAGAGCUUCCUUCGGGGCUGGCUUUGCCGGCGGAAGUGGAAGACCGUUAUCCAGGACUACAUCCGGUCUCCCCAUGCAGACAGCAUGCGCAAGAGGAACCAGGUGGUGUUCAGCAUGCUGGAGGCCGAGGCUGAGUACGUGCAGCAACUGCACAUCCUUGUCAAUAAUUUUCUGCGCCCGCUACGCAUGGCCGCUAGCUCCAAGAAGCCUCCCAUCACACACGAUGACGUCAGCAGCAUCUUCCUGAACAGUGAGACCAUCAUGUUCCUACAUCAGAUCUUCUACCAAGGCCUGAAGGCCCGCAUCUCCAGCUGGCCCACCCUGGUGCUGGCCGACCUGUUCGACAUCCUGCUGCCCAUGCUCAACAUCUACCAGGAGUUCGUCCGCAAUCACCAAUACAGCCUCCAGAUCCUGGCACACUGCAAGCAGAACCGGGACUUUGACAAGCUCCUGAAGCAAUAUGAGGCCAAGCCCGACUGCGAGGAGCGCACGCUGGAGACCUUCCUCACCUAUCCCAUGUUCCAGAUCCCCAGGUACAUCUUGACACUCCACGAGCUGCUGGCCCACACACCUCAUGAGCACGUGGAGCGCAACAGCCUGGACUAUGCCAAAUCCAAACUAGAAGAACUGUCCAGGAUCAUGCACGAUGAAGUCAGCGAGACGGAGAACAUCCGGAAAAACCUGGCCAUCGAGCGCAUGAUCAUCGAGGGUUGUGAGAUCCUCCUUGACACCAGCCAGACCUUCGUGCGACAAGGUUCCCUCAUCCAGGUGCCCAUGUCAGAAAAGGGCAAGAUCACCAGGGGGCGCCUGGGAUCUCUGUCCCUUAAGAAGGAAGGUGAACGGCAGUGCUUCCUGUUCUCCAAGCAUCUCAUCAUCUGCACCAGAGGCUCCGGAGGGAAACUGCACCUGACCAAGAAUGGAGUCAUAUCCCUCAUCGAUUGCACCUUAAUGGAGGAACCAGAAAACACAGAGGAGGAAGCCAAAGGAACUGCCCAGGACAUAGACCACUUGGAUUUUAAGAUCGGGGUGGAGCCAAAGGAUUCCCCACCCUUCACGGUCAUCCUGGUGGCCUCAUCCAGGCAGGAGAAGGCAGCGUGGACCAGUGACAUCAGCCAGUGUGUGGACAAUAUCCGGUGCAAUGGACUCAUGAUGAAUGCAUUUGAAGAAAAUUCCAAGGUCACCGUGCCACAGAUGAUCAAGUCCGAUGCCUCCUUAUAUUGUGAUGAUGUUGACAUUCGCUUCAGCAAAACCAUGAAUUCCUGCAAAGUGCUGCAGAUCCGGUAUGCCAGUGUGGAGCGGCUGCUGGAGCGGCUGACAGACCUUCGCUUCCUGAGUAUCGACUUCCUCAACACCUUCCUGCACUCCUACCGUGUUUUCACCACCGCUGUGGUGGUCCUAGACAAGCUAAUCACUAUCUACAAGAAACCCAUCAGUGCCAUCCCCGCCAGGUCACUGGAGCUCCUGUUUGCCAGUGGCCAGAACAACAAGCUUCUGUAUGGGGAGCCUCCCAAGUCACCUCGUGCCACCCGCAAGUUCUCCUCACCACCACCCUUGUCCAUCAGUACAUCGUCCCCAAGCCGCCGACGGAAGCUGUCCCUCAACAUCCCCAUCAUCACAGGCGGCAAGGCGCUGGACCUGGCUGCACUCAGCUGCAGCUCCAAUGGCUACACCAGCAAUCACUCACCCAUGUCUCCCUUCAGCAAGUCCACACUGGACACCAGCAAGCUCUGUGUGACCAGCAGUUUCACCAACAAGACUCCAGACGAGACUGAUACAACUCCAGAGAAGCCCGAGGAGCCCUCGACCCUUAGCAAGCAGAGCUCUGAAGUCUCCACGAAGGAAGAGUCUGACAUUGACCAGAACCAGAGUGACGAUGGCGACACUGAGGCAUCACCGACUAAAUCUCCAUCAACACCAAAAUCAGUCAAAAGCAAAAACUCUUCAGAAUUCCCACUCUUUAAUUUCAACAAUGGAGUCGUGAUGACAUCAUGUCGUGAGCUGGACAACAACCGCAGUGCCCUCUCAGCUGCCUCUGCCUUUGCCAUAGCCACUGCGGGAGCCAACGAGGGCACCCCAAACAAGGAAAGGUUUCCGUAUCGCAGGAUGUCCUUGGCCAGCACAGGGUUUCCCCCUGACCAGAGAAAUGGCGACAAGGAGUUCGUGAUCCGCAGAGCUGCCACCAAUCGUGUGCUGAAUGUGCUCCGCCACUGGGUCUCCAAGCAUUCUCAGGACUUUGAAACCAACAGUAAGCUUAAAAGCAAGGUGAUCAGCUUCCUGGAAGAGGUCAUGCAUGACCCAGAACUUCUGACACAGGAGCGAAAGGCAGCAGCCAACAUCAUCAGGACUCUGACCCAGGAGGACCCAGGUGACAACCAGAUCACACUGGAAGAGAUCACAACACAGAUGGCAGAGGGCGUGAAGGCUGAGCCCUUCGAAAACCACUCAGCCAUAGAGAUAGCAGAGCAACUGACCCUGCUGGAUCACCUUGUCUUCAAGAAGAUUCCUUAUGAGGAGUUCUUUGGACAGGGCUGGAUGAAGGUAGAGAAAAACGAAAGGACGCCUUACAUCAUGAAAACCACCAAGCAUUUCAAUGACAUCAGUAACUUGAUCGCUUCAGAAAUUAUCCGAAACGAGGACAUCAAUGCAAGGGUGAGCGCCAUUGAGAAGUGGGUAGCUGUGGCUGACAUAUGCCGCUGCCUACACAACUACAAUGCUGUGCUGGAGAUCACCUCCUCCAUGAACCGCAGUGCAAUCUUCCGGCUCAAAAAGACAUGGCUCAAAGUUUCUAAGCAGACGAAAACUUUGAUUGACAAACUCCAAAAGCUUGUGUCAUCAGAGGGCAGAUUUAAGAACCUCAGAGAAGCUCUGAAAAAUUGUGACCCACCCUGUGUCCCUUACCUGGGGAUGUACCUCACUGACUUGGCCUUCAUCGAGGAGGGGACACCCAAUUACACAGAGGACGGCCUGGUCAACUUCUCCAAGAUGAGGAUGAUCUCCCAUAUUAUCCGAGAGAUUCGCCAGUUUCAACAGACUGCCUACAAAAUCGAACACCAAGCAAAGGUAACUCAGUACUUACUGGAUCAAUCUUUUGUAAUGGACGAAGAAAGUCUCUAUGAGUCUUCUCUCCGAAUAGAACCAAAACUCCCCACCUGAAGCUGCACCCAGCCUGCCCCAGCCACUCCCGUGGACAUCUGCUAUAUGAUAGUGUACAUAAUCGUUUGGUUCCUCUGGAUUCCUUCUUCAGUAUGUGCUUCUCCAAGAAUACAAAUCUGUUCUUGUUCUUAGAUUCCUGUAGAACCGGAAUAUGAAUUUCUGCACUGUCUCAGACUCUGCCCCACCCCCUGCGGAGCCUGUUCCUUCAAACAGCUGUACUCCCUGUAAGCUCUCCUAGGCCCUCAAGCCAAUCAGAAG